AAAAUAUAUCACAGUAUCUGCUGCUGGUUUGAUUGGAAGAAGCUGAAAAAAGCAGCAUUUCUAUGCACUUCCGAAACUAUUCCUUUUGUUCUUUUUAUUUUUCUUUGUUGCAACUCUCAGACUUCAGGGGCCAGCCAUUUUUCACUUUUCCAUCUCUCUCUCUCUCUAGUUUAGGGUUUCACCUUCUCCAUUGCUUCUUGUUUUCUGUACUAAAUCUUCCGAAAUUUUGAUAUGAUCUUUGCAUUUACGUCCCUGCCUCUUUGGUUUGUGGAAUUGUGAUAUCUUAGUCGCUAAGAGUGACGGUUCCUUUUCUAAAUUAGAGGAAUCUCUAGUUUGUAAAGUCAGUGGAGCCUCUCUCAGGGAUAAUGGCCUUAUUUGGAGACAGAUUUUACUGACGGGUGGUGAUUGCAGAGUUCAUGAGAAAGAUUUUGAUUGGAAUAGUUGAGUUCUCGAAGUUUGAGUAGGUAGAGAUUGGCCAUGGCUUACUUGAAUCGGGAUAUCUACGCUUGCGUUUUCUUUGGUUUGGCGGUGAUUUUUAUUUCUCCAUUUACUGGCGGAUACACUGACCCGCGAGAUGUUUUUGGGAUCAAUAGCUUAUAUGCUGCGCUAGGCUACCCUUCUCUUCCUGGAUGGGUCCCAAAUGGAGGAGACCCAUGUUUGGAGGCAUGGCAAGGUGUCCUAUGUGUGAAUUCAAACAUAACUUCAAUAAUCCUGAAUGGUGCAAAUUUGGGUGGUGUAUUGUGUGAUAACUUAGAUUAUUUUUCUUCUAUUAUAACAAUCGAUUUGAGCAACAACCAUAUCGGAGGGAGUAUUCCAUCUAGUUUACCCAUCACCAUGCAAAACUUUUUUCUUUCAGCUAACCAGUUCACAGGAACCAUCCCAACUUCUUUAGCCUCACUUACUCAAUUGUCUGACAUGUCACUCAACAAUAAUCUUUUGACUGGAGAAAUACCAGAUGCAUUUCAAGGUCUUACAGGAUUGAUGAAUCUGGAUCUAUCUGCUAACAAUUUAAGUGAGCAACUGCCACCCUCCAUGGAAAGCUUGUCUUCUCUGACCACAUUGCAUUUGCAGAAUAAUCAACUUUUGGGGACCCUUGUUGUCCUUCAAGACCUUCCCCUCAGAGAUUUGAAUAUAGAGAAUAAUCUGUUCUCUGGGCCUAUACCUGAAAAGCUACUGAGUAUUCCAAAUUUCAAGAAGGAUGGCAAUCCAUUCAACACUAGCAUUGGUCCAUCUCCCCCACCGUCGGCCACAUCCCAAACGCCUCUUCCUUCUGGGGCACCACCUUCUAAAGUGCCACUUGAGAAGCAGGCAAAUGGACCAUCUUCACUGGAAGAAUCAAGCCCUGCAAGAGGAAAUAAAUUUUGGACAACUACAAGAAUUGUCUGGAUAUCAAUUACAGGGGUAUUAGUGUUUAUUAUAGUUUUAUUAGGGCUAGUGUUUUUCAUGGCAAGUUGUUGCAAAGAAAGGGAAGAGGCUGACGUAUUUGCAAAGAGGCAUAAAGUUGGUUCUUACAAAGGCCCCAAGCAGAGGCCAACAUACAAUGGAUCCAUGGCUCAACCAAAUAAUCAAACAGAAAAAGUUUCAAAAGAAGCAAUUAUGAGGCCAAAGGAUGAACAUGAAAUCAAUAUUGGAAGAGUGACGGCUGUUCCGAGACAAAAUGAUUCUGAGAUAGAUACUAAAAGAAUGGGUGAUGAUCGAAAGAAAAGGGAGGAUAAUGAUAUAGAUUUGACAGGAAUAGAUAUGAUUUUAAUGCCUCCGCCCGCUCCAGUUGAGAAGGUCAUUGUGAAGCCAAUUUCUCCCCCUAAAACUUCCAAAGGGAGUAUUCCCACAAAAAAUCUGGAUCUCCCCAUUUCUGUGAGAUCCUUCACCAUUGGAUUACUUCAGCAAUAUACAAACAGCUUCUCUCAAGAAAAUCUUAUUGGAGGAGGUAUGCUGGGAAGUGUUUAUCGGGCAGAACUUCCUGAUGGGAAGUUACUGGCUGUGAGGAAACUGGACAAUGCUGCUUCCAAUAGGCAGACGGAUGAAGAGUUUCUGUACCUGGUGUCCAGUAUCUCUAAACUUCGGCAUGCGAAUGUUGUUGAGCUUCUGGGUUACUGUGCUGAGCAUGGUCAACGGCUACUCAUCUAUGAAUAUUUCAGUAAUGAGACGCUCCAUGAUGCACUGCACUCUGAUGAUGAACUCACCAGAAAACUUUCAUGGAAUUCCCGAGUCCGGGUGGCCCUUGGAGGUGCAAGAGCUUUAGAAUAUCUGCAUGAGGUCUGUCAACCACGUGUUGUACACCACAAUUUCAAGUCAACCAAUAUUCUCCUUGAUGACAAACUUGCAGCACGUGUUUCUGAUUGUGGUUUGGCUUCUUUGAUAUCUUCUAGAUCUGUAAGUCAGUUGUCAGGACACCUCCUAUCAGCUUAUGGUUAUGCUGCUCCAGAAUUUGAUUCUGGAAAUUACACUUACCAGAGUGAUGUUUACAGCUUUGGUGUUGUAAUGUUAGAACUGCUUACAGGGCGGAAGUCCUAUGACAGGUCAAGGCCUCGGGGGGAGCAAUUCUUGGUGAGAUGGGCAAUCCCUCGUCUUCAUGAUAUAGAUGCAUUGUCAAGGAUGGUUGAUCCUGCUCUUAAUGGAGCUUACCCUGCCAAAUCGUUAUCGCGUUUUGCUGAUAUUAUCUCUCUUUGUGUCCAGUCGGAGCCAGAAUUCCGGCCGCCAAUGUCUGAAAUUGUGCAGAACCUCUUACAUAUGAUUCAGAGGGAGUCCCCUAGUAGGACGUUGAACAAGGACUGAUAUAGGUUAGGAAUUCAUGUAUUCAACUGCAUCUGUGGUCAGCUUACGAAUGGCGAGCUUGUAGAGACAAUAUAUGCAGGGGAAAGGCUUUCAACUGUUAACUGCCACAAACCUGUUGCCUCUAUUAACAUCACAACAAUUCAUAUAUAGCAUUCAAGGUAAUCAGUUACAAAAUUGUGUGGGUCUUAGGUUUUCUUCUUCAUAUUUUGUUCUUUUUUGUUCUUCUGCUUUGAUUGGUUUGUGAUCAUUAUGGUUUUUGUAAAUUAUGCAGGACUUUAAUUAUGUCAAAGCUAAUCCAAUUAUUAUUUUUAUUAUUUGUGUGAUUAAUUCUUUUCAAUGGAAAGUUAAGAGAUGUAAGGGUGCUUUGCUUCAAUUUCUCUGUGAAGAAAGUGAAAUAAUGGACUAGUGAUCAUGUCAUUUUGCC